AUGAAGGUGCGUAAACCAGUAGGCAAAACGACUUCAUUUCUCACUGUUUGUAAUUCUUUACGUGCCCCGUGUUUGUCUGUCUGUUCUAUACAUUUACAAUGUAAGCAAUUACACAACAGGUGGUCUAGACAUCGUCUUCAUUCUUCUCUCUAUAAGCCUACAUUUAUAAUUCCACGAUUUAUGGAUUUACUGUAUGGUUGGAGAUGGGAACGUCAAGAUGAAAUUUCUGCUGCUUUAAAGGCUGGUAUCAGUGUUGUUGUCGAUCGUUACAGUUAUUCGGGUAUUGCUAAUACAGCUGCGAAAUUUCAUCCACUCUCAGAAGCUGAUUGGCAAUGGUGUCGUUCCACAGAAUCUGGUCUACUACAACCUGAUUUUAUAUUUUGUCUUGCCCCGGAAAAUUUCGCUGAAAUCACAGUACGUGAUGGAUUCGGUGAAAAGAAAUUUGAGACACCAGAUUUUCAGAAACAAGUUCUUAUCAAUUAUGGUCGUCUGUCACGUGAAAUGGAAUCAGAAUUGAAUGAGGCUGCUGGUGGUGAUGCUGCUACUGAGACAAAAGACUUGGAACCACGACUAUGGCAUUGGAUACCAGCAACUGGACAAACUGUAGACGAUACACAUUCAUGCAUAAUGGCAAUCAUCGAUCCAAAACUAUAGGGGGUUCCUUUUUAAAUAUAAACUUUUCUACAUA